ACAGCAGCAAUGGGAAGCAAAUACCCUUGGUUUGCUUUCUGGUUGUUCUAGAAGUUGCUAUUCUGAAUGAUCGUCCCAGUGUGCUUCUCUCUGGCCUCUGAGAGCCUCAGGUGCGUAGUUUUCUCUUUGGUGCAAUGGGACUCAGGUCUGGCUGCUGGAGACUUCUUAGCUCCAGGAAUCCUACAGGCAGCAGAAAGGAAGGGGUCUCGGGCCCGUAGGCCUGCAGUUCUCAGGCAAGACGCCUUCGCCUCCCAGCCUCGAGGGCAGAGAAGCCCCCGCCGGCCACUCGCCUCCUCCACACGCGCUCUUGAGGUGGACGCUGAAACGGACCCCAAGUCUUCCCUGGACUCGCCGCUCCGAGGGCCUCGUCCUUGGUCUUGGGGGCUCCCCAGGGGCCGCCCAGCCCACUGACAGGGCUGGGGAGGAGACUGUGGGUCUCCGGGUCUCCCACCAGAGCGCAAGGCCUACUCCACAGCCUGUGGGCGCCGAGGCGGCGCGCGGGCUCCGUGCCCUGUGCCGGCCGCCAUGUUCCCAGAAUCCCCCGCGACGGCCUCACUCAGUCCUCCCCACAGCCUUAUGGGAGUGUGCGCUGUUACGGUCUCCAUUUUCCAGAUGAGGAAACUGAGGCCCGGAGAGAGUUAGUGCCCUGUUUGACACCCCAACCCUCUCGCCACCAGCCAGAACUCUCCUCCUGGCGCCCCUUUCAUAGGCCCGGCUGUGCAGGGGCCCCUCGGGGAACACACACCCACUUGCCUCUGUGGGGCCUGAGCCAUCCUGAGCCCUGACCUGGGCCCCCAACCCCGGUCACGCCUUCUCCUCAUCUGCUGCGGUCGCAGCAACCUUUGCGCUUGGCCAUUCAUAGCUACCGACUGCUCCCACGGCGUUUUAACGAAAAUCCAUGGUGUGCCUAUUAGCUGGGCACCUAAGAAAGCUAAGAAGAGAGCUGAGGGCACCGCCAACUCCAACGUGUUCUCCAUGUUUGAACAGACCCAAAUCCAGGAAUUUAAGGAGGCCUUCACCAUCAUGGACCAGAACAGAGACGGCUUCAUCGACAAGAACGACCUGAGAGACACCUUCGCUGCUCUCGGGCGUGUGAACGUGAAAAAUGAAGAAAUUGACGAUAUGCUCAAGGAAGCUCCAGGUCCUAUUAACUUCACUGUGUUCCUGACCAUGUUUGGGGAGAAACUUAAGGGGGCAGACCCCGAGGAGACCAUUCUCAACGCGUUCAAAGUGUUUGACCCCGAAGGCAAGGGGGUGCUGAAGGCUGAUUAUGUCCGGGAGAUGCUGACCACCCAGGCGGACAGGUUUUCCAAGGAUGAGGUCGACCAGAUGUUCAACGCCUUCCCCCCUGACGUGACUGGCAACUUGGACUACAAGAACCUGGUGCAUAUCAUCACGCACGGAGAAGAGAAGGACUAGAAGGGGCUGGCCGCCCCGCCUGGGCUCAUCUUUGCAGGGUGGGCUCUGCCCUCCUCUCUCUCUGCCCCAGCCCUGCCUGUUAGCCACGCAGCUGCACCCAUUUAUCCACCUCCUUGUUCUUUGCAGCUGGGGUGGCUUACAGAUGCCAUGUGGCCACACGUACUGCAGAUGGAAAUCCACCCGAGCCCAAGUUCAAAUAAACAGGAGGUCGUGUAAAUGGUCACGGUGCUCCUCUGGCAGAUACAAGCACCUUGAGUAAGAAAAGCAAAGGCGGCAUAUAAGCCAGUGAUGA